AUGUUUAGAAUAUCAAAAUUUUUUUACAAAUAUUCCAAAGAAUCAUCUAAGAAAGAGCAAAAUUUACCUUCUCUUCCCUGUGAAUUCAUUUUACCAAUAAUUUGCCAUUUAAGUAAUGAUAAAAAAUCAUUGUGCUCUUGUCUUUUGGUCAACAGAUUUUGGUGUCAAGAAACUAUAAAAGUUUUGUGGUGUAAACCUUUUAAAUUAUUAUAUACAUGCAAGAAAAAGCCUUGUUUUUGUUCUACUGAAAAAAGAAGAUCUCAAGCUGCAAACCUUUUAUCAACAUAUCUUUCAUGUCUUCUACUUAAAUACAAAGAUUCUUAUAUUCAAAAUAAAUCUAAUUUUAAAAUUUCAUCUGCUCCAUUAUUUUAUUAUAUUGAUUAUUUAAAUGAUAUAGAUUUAAAUGAAUUAUAUUCAGCAGUAGAGGAUUGGAUAAAAUUUUCCUCUAAUAAAAAACGAAUAUCUGCAGAUAUUUUAAAAUUUCAAAAAAAAGACUAUUUAAAAUUAUCAAAUGAAAGAUAUAAUUAUGUAGAUUUCAUGAAAUUCUUGACUAAUUCAUCAUUCGGUAACGAAAUCUUACCAAAAUAUUCUGGUUCUUCCCCCCGAGAUUUAAUGGUUCAUAUUGUUGUAAAGGCUUUCAUGACUCAAUGUCCAAAGCUUGAAAGGGUUUCAAUUGAUUCACAACAUAUCUAUACACGAGAACAAAUGGAAUAUUUUUGUUCAACAUUGAAAAAAGAAAGAAUUUUGCGACCGGAAAACCUUCCAGUAGAAAUUUACGAAACAUUAAGUUCAUAUACUGGAAAUGGCCCUUGUUUAGAUCAAUUGACUGAACUAAUAUGUACGACUAGACGGUGGAAAUCAACUCUAUUACUUUCAUUAGCCAAAUUUGCACACAACAUAAAAUAUUUGAUAAUAACAAUUAGUUAUCAACGUGAUUAUUUUGUCAGUGAUCCAGCAAGAAUUCAUGAACUGCCAAAAGUUGAACAAGAAGCUUCAUGUUUAGCAACGCUUGUUCAAUCACAAAAGGCAUUAAAACAUUUUGGACUACACAUAUGCUCAGAAGGAUUACCUACAAUAAUGUCUGCAUUAGAAUCUCAAGUUAUUUCUUUAAAUUCAAUAAGUUUUGUGGAUGUAACAUUUUUCGGAUUAGAGAUUUUUGAUAACAUAAGAAAUUUUAAAAAUCUACGAACACUUUCGAUAAAGUCUAGUAGUUUCGACAACUUCGAAUUUUCAUUCUCAUUGAACAAUUUAGAAUUUUCUUUCCUCAAAGAACUUGACUUGAACGGAACAUAUAUUUCCGCUGAAGUAUUAGAAAAAUUGUUUUUAUCAUGUCCUCGAAAUUUGGAGUCUUUAGGUUUAGGGAAACAUACAAGAAAUGAUAUUUAUAUGCAUAGAAUGCCUCGAAAAGUCCUAACUCUUGUAGCGACAUUAUUUCCAAACUUAAAGAAUUUAAAAGCAUGCAUUUACCCAAGUGAAUUAUCACAACUUUGUUCUAUAUUCACAUAUUGUCAAAAUUUAUCCCAUAUAACAUUAAUUGGUUCAGCUUCACGAUCAAGUGACGAACCUUCAAAUUUAUUAUUAUACUUCAACGAGAUAAAACAAAAUUUAAAAGAGUUAAGAUUAGAAGGAUCGAUAUGGUCAUUUUCAUCAUUUGCAUUUGAGACGUUUUUAAAGAAUAAAAAUAUAUUAAAAAGUUUACAAGUUUUAGAAAUUGUUGAUUCCAAAGAUUUUGGAAAUCAACAUUUACUAGUCAUAAUUAAAUGUUUAGAAGGAACUGAUGAUAUUGCAUUGAAAAAAUUAGUGAUAUCCUCCUGUGAACCAAUAACUUCUAAACAUCUUGACAGAAUUAAAAGGAUUGUUAAGAAUGUUUCUUAUCAAAAAUUAAUUUGGACUGGAAGAACUUUAACUACGUAA